UGCUGGCAAAAUGUGUUGUAAUUGCUGCAGUGUGCGCCAACAAAAAAUCUGGGUCUUUGGCCUAGCCGGUCUAUUGUUAACACUCGGCAUAGUGCUGCUCUCCGCCUGGCCGAGCAUCUUUCGGCAAUGGAUGCAGAGUAUUUUGCCACUGGCACCCAAUUCGUUUAUGUACAAAAAUUGGAUAACCACACCAACGCCAAUCUACACUAGUUUCUAUUUGUUUAACUGGACGAAUCCGGAGGAUUUAAACAAUCCGGAUGUGAAACCGAAUUUCGAACAAAUUGGACCAUAUACGUUCAGUGAUUAUAAAGUGAAAGAGGAUUUGGUGUGGCAGCGACCAAAUGUUACCUAUUAUGGUACGCGAACAUUUCACUUUUUGCCCGAGCUGUCGCAGGGUAAAUUAGACGAUGUCAUCAUUACGCCAGCUUUUGCCACUCUGACCGCCGCUCGUUAUGUGCGCCAAUAUCGUCGACCGUUUCGUAAGAUUAUUAAUUUUAUGCUAAAUCGCGAGGGAGGCAGCACUUAUAUGAAGCACACGGCCGGCGAAUGGAUGUUCGAUGGCUUCUACGAUACGCUGUUUGAGUUUGCGCACAAAUUACAUUCACCUUUGAUACCGCUGCCGAGCGAUCACUUUGGCUGGUUCUAUCAGCGCAACAACUCGAAGACCGCUGAGGGUAAUUUCACAAUACACACAGGACACGGAGAUUUGCAUCAGAUGGGCGAACUGCAGAUGUGGAAUGGCAGCGCACACACAGGUUACUACAGCGGCGAGUGUGGCAAAGUCAAUGGCAGCACGGGCGAGUUGUGGGCGCAACAGCGGCGAUAUGAUGAAACGAUUUCCAUAUUUCUGUCCGAUGCAUCACGUUUUAUCAAUAUGUUCACCGUGUCGAAUGUGACGAUGCAUGGCAUCGAUGCCUGGCGGUAUGAGACGACUGAGCUAAGCUUUGACAACGGUCAACUGAGUCCAGAUACCAAAUGUUUUUGUGUCGCCAAUCGUCCGUGUCCUCAGAAUGGUGUACUCGAUUUUUCGCCAGCUGCCUAUCAUGGUCCCAUUUACAUGUCACAUCCGCAUUUCUACAUGACCGACUCAUCCUAUAGAGAGAAUACAACUGGCCUGCGGCCGGAUGCCGUCGAGCAUGGCAUGCAUGUGAUAAUGGAACCAACUCUCGCAGUGCCCAUGAGUCUCAAAGGACAAGUUAUGCUCAGUGUGCUGGUUAAUCGAGACGAGGAAAUCGACUUGCUUAAGCAUGUUGCUUUCGAUCAUUAUGCGCCACUUUUUGUAAUACAAAUCAAAGCCGAGUUGGAUGAUCGUUUGCUCAGUUUGCUAAAGCUCGCAUUGAAUGCGGCGCGAAUUGGGCAAUUUGUUGGUCUUGGUUUGCUUUUAAUUGCCCUUGCAAUGCUAAUUGUGGGCGUGAUCGUGACCAAGAAACAUAAAUGGCAUAAUGAAUGGCGAAUGACAACAAGCGAUAAAGUGAGUGUACUCCCAGAAGUGAGAGAGAGUAGUAAUACCCCCAGCAAUCAAUGAUUGAACGUCAAGUGUUGUGCCAUUGAUAACGUAAAUGUUAUUGUUAUAUUUUUGGAAGUUUAGUUUAUCUGAAGUGCGCGGCCAUAAAGUAGCAAAUUCCUUUGACACCGUGACGCAAAGUAUAGAACAUUGUUUGUGUGUGGUUUGGCGUGCUGCUGCUAUUUGCUGUUGGCUGGAUUAUCCAAUUUGGGCUGCAGGUGUUGCGGUUUGCCCGCAGCUGCGCUCUCGUCUAGUAUUACACAAAAUUAUGGCCUCUCAGAUAUGCUAAAUUUAUUAAUAUGUUAAUAAUUGUUAUUGUUCCUUUUUUGCUCUUUUGUUGUGCCUGUUUGUGUGUGCAACACAACAACAACAUCAACAACAACAAAAACCUUGAGCACGUAAGCUGCAUACUUUACGGCGUACGAACUCUUUCACCUACACACACACACACACUCACCCAGCUAACCAAAUUGCUAACUGGAAAUUUGAAAAAUGCCAACAGAAUAUUAUAAGCGGCUAAUUUAUAUGCGACUGGCACGAAAACUUACGUUUUGCACACACAUUGUUGUCGAAGAACCGAGCCGCAGCAGCAGUAGGACCUUUGCUGUGCCAGCCGGGAAGGACGCGCAGGAUGUGGGUGGACGAUGGGGACCCACAAAAGUUAAACAAUGUAUGAAAAUAUGAAAAUUAUAUGUCAGCAAGUAUGUGUUGGCCAUAACUUUAAUAAAUACACAUAAGUUAUGAUUAAGCGUCAACCAAGCAGCUCGCAUUUCGCUCUCAAUAUAUUUCAAGCUACUUUUGACAAGGACUUAAGGUCUCACAAUAAAUAUAAGUUUAUUUCAACUUGCAAAUAGAGAAAAGAUUACAAAAAAC